UCUCAACUGCAGACCUAUUCUACAAUGAGGUUUAAGACUCUGUUUAAUCGUUCAAAAAAAUGCUAUAAUCGAUCUGCAGAGCCUAUGAGUACCUCAAAUGCCAACUUGCGUAUCCCGCACAACAAUGAGAACCUUGCCGGUGCAACGCAAUAUAAUCACUAUUCUGGAACAACCCACAGUCUGUCCACAAGAACCGAUGGUCAUAUAUUGGCAAUCCCAAAGGAAAUGGACCCACUGCCACAGUCAUCUGUUGGGAAUAGAUUGUGCAAGGCAUGCCGAACUCCAACUGUUUUAAUCUACGUCAAACCAUGGAAUCCGAAUGGACAUGGCGGACGACCAUUUUUUAAAUGCCCUACUUGUGGACGUUUCCAUAGUUGGGCCGACACAAGAGGCGUGCUCGACCAAAAUCCCCUCUGUCAAUGCGGUCGCCUGAGUCGAAUCUCACGCGCUAAUCCUCAAAAACAGUGCACACCAUUUUUUGACUGUGCCUCUGGUGACUGUGGCUUUUAUAAGGAGUCAUCUUGGUACAAUGCUACACCAUCUUUGCCUGAGAUAGAAGAUUCCAGCCAUACAAGAUGAGCUGAGGAGUUUCCGCCUUUCUCGUCUAGUUAUUCUUUCAUAAGGCUGCUACAUGUUCUUAAUGAAUGUCCACAUUGUAUACCUGGUAGCUAU